UUGAGCAUAAAAUUUUUCGCUCUCAGCUUCAUUUCGUCGAGCACCUUCCAUGGAUUCCGACUCUGACUCCGAUGGGUCCCACAUCUCGGCCACACCACCGUCGUCUCCGCAGCCGAAGCCGCGACCGGCGCCAUCACCAAAAGCUCUUCUUCUGUCGUCCACUAAAUUUAGAACUAAACUCAAGCCCGCCGGUGCAACCGUCGGCAAAGCUUCCCGCCCAAUUAUAAGACCGAAAUCCUGCAGAAAGCCCAAAAAACCACCCCCAGAUUCAACUCCGGUAGAACUAGGGCCCGAAAAACCACCCCCGCCCGUGCAACCGCCGCCAAAGCUUCCCCCUCCAGACACCGCCAAUCUGCCCUUCCAAAUCCACCGUUCAACUUACUCAAGCCAAGCAUUUGCUUCUACCACUAACGAUUCCAUUGGAACUUUUAUUCCAGGUGAUUUACGCCCCUCGAAAUUCGCCUCUUUUUCCAAAAUCCAGAAGAAGGAACUCAAUUUUGAGUCGGUGGAGCCUGAUUCCUUUGGCACCUCGUCAUUCUCAACCUCCCAAUCGGAAGCUGAGGCCUGCGAGGCUAACAUUGCGCCGCAAGAAUCGGAAACAAAAGUUGCUACUUCUGGAAAUUCAGCGAAAAUUCUAAAGAGGUUUCCUAAUCUGAUUGGGCGUGAUUCUUGUGCUUCAUUGCCUGUGAAGAAGCCUAAGUGUGUUAAUGAAGGCAACUUUGUCAAAUUGAACAUCAAUGGCUCUGGGAGAAAGUAUGCAUUCAAGGGAAAAAGAAAGAAGUAUGGCUCCUACAGUACUGGCAGAAAGUUUUACAGAAGCAAGAGGAAGUUUAAGGGUAAGGGUCAAGGAGAGGAGGGCGGGGUGUAUGAUGAAGAGGGAUUGGCUAUGGAUUUUAAACAAAGAGAGGAAAAUUUGAAUUAUGAUGAGGUGUUGAUUCAAGAGGCUGUGAUGAGUGUUAGGAAUGAGGCAUCUGAUGAGAACUUGUUGAGGUUGUUGAAGGUGACUUAUGGUUAUGGUUCGUUUAGGAGUGGACAAUUGGAGGCAAUCAAGAUGUUGCUUUCUGGGAAAUCAACAAUGCUGCUUUUGCCAACAGGGGCUGGAAAGUCUCUGUGUUAUCAAUUGCCUUCCAUGGUGCUCGAGGGGAUUACUCUGGUCAUUAGCCCAUUAGUUGCCUUGAUGAUUGAUCAGUUAAACCAGCUGCCUCCUGCACUCCCUGGUGGCCUUCUUUGUAGCAGUCAGACACCAGAAGAGACCUCAGAAACUCUCCAAUCUCUGCAAGAGGGAUCAAUCAAGGUUCUUUUUGUUUCACCAGAGAGGCUUCUGAGUUCAGAUUUUAUUUCUAUAUUCUCUAGCAGUCCCCUUAUAUCGCUUGUGGUGGUUGAUGAAGCUCACUGUGUGUCUGAAUGGUCACACAAUUUUCGGCCCUCAUAUAUGAGGCUUAGGGCAUCCUUGCUGCGUGCUAGGCUCAAAGCUGGAUGCAUUCUUGCAAUGACUGCAACUGCAACAGUCAAAGCAUUGCACAAUGUGAUGCAAGCUCUUGAUAUCCCUUCUACUAAUCUCAUCCAAACAACCAAAUUGAGAAACAAUUUGCAGAUGUCAAUAUCAAUGAGCAGCAAUAGGCUGAAAGAUUUAAUGGCACUGAUAAAGUCUUCUCCCUACUCUGAUGUCAAAAGCAUUAUCAUUUAUUGCAAAUUUCAGUCUGAAACAGAUAUCGUAUGCAAAUAUCUUCGUGAUAACAAUAUUUCAGCAAAGAGUUACCACAGUGCCAUUCCUGCAAAGGAUAGAAGACGGACACAAGAGCUCUUUUGUGCAAACAAAAUUAGAGUGGUUGUUGCAACAGUGGCAUUUGGCAUGGGACUUGAUAAGCAGGAUAUUGGAGCUGUCAUUCAUUACAGUUUACCAGAAAGCUUGGAAGAGUAUGUUCAGGAGAUUGGUCGUGCUGGACGUGAUGGUAGACAGUCUUAUUGCCAUCUCUUUUUUGAUGAUAUCUCCUAUUAUAAGCUUCGUAGUCUUAUUCAUAGUGAUGGUGUUGAUGAGUAUGCUGUGAACAAAUUCCUCUGCCAAGUUUUUAGCAACGGCACAGGUUCAUUUGGGAAAGUUUACUCAAUAGUUAAAGAAGCUGCAUCCCGAAAAUUUGAUAUGAAAGAGGAGGUGUUGCUAACAAUUUUGACACACUUGGAGUUGGGUGAAGUGAAAUACUUGUGCUUGCUUCCUGAAAUGAAUGUAACUUGCACUUUGAAUUUCCACCAGACUUCCCCAGCACUGCUCGCUGCUAAAGAUAUAGUGAUUGCUGCAGUCAUGAAGAAGUCUGAAAUUAAAGAUGGGCAGUAUGUGUUUGACAUACCAACCAUUGCAAAUAGUAUUGGAUUGCAACCUGCUGACUUGUCAAAUCACUUGCAGAGUCUAAAGUUUAAGGGGGAAAUUACCUAUGAGCUGAAGGAUCAAGCUUACUGUUUCACAGUCAUGGAUAUUCCCAAGGAUAUUUGUUCUUUGGCAGCACAGCUUACAAACUGGCUUUCAGAGGUUGAGAGAUGCAAGGUGCGGAAGAUGGAUGCAAUGUUUAAUGCUGCUGUAGCUGCAGUAAAAGGGUGCGAUAAGGUGCAUGGUUGUAAUGACUAUGAUCACACUCCUUGCUUGCAAAGGAAGAUUUUGGAGUACUUUGAAAGCAAUGAUGACAUUGAUGUCCCCAACAAGAUGGCUCAAUGCAGCCCCUUUUUGAGAGCUGACAUAAAGGUCUUUUUACAGAGCAACUCACAUGCCAAAUUUACCCCCAGAGCUGUUGCAAGGAUAUUGCAUGGCCUUUCUAGUCCAGCCUUUACUACCGCUUUUUGGUCAAAAUGUCACUUCUGGGGAAGAUAUAUGCAGACGGAUUUCGAUGUUGUGAUGGAAGCAGCCAAAGCAGAGCUGAUGGGUUUUGUUGGGAAGGAUUCAUUGUAAUUGGUACCAAUUAUGAGAGUUUAUUUACAGCAAGCGAACUGAGCUUGCAUGACUGCAGAUUGGAAGUAUAGCCUGUAUUUGGUACAGUUAUGGUGUAUAAAUCUGCAUAAGAGAAUUCUGGCAUUCUACUCUACACAGGUAGAACAGGUAAACAAGACUGAAAGAUGAAAGGAAUAUGUGCACUUCUAUUGGCACCAAUGCUCCUAUGAUCCUAUCACAUGUACUAAACAACCUAUGAUGCACGGAAACUUUUAAGGGUGAGCACUUUGGGGUUUCAGAUAUGUUUCUCUUGCAUUCUGUAUCCUACUUUUCCCUAUUUCCCAUUUCCGCGACACAACUUGCACAGUAUUCCCGGAAUGGCUACUAUUCACAGUCCAAAAGAUCAGAUUGGUUAGCCUAGAUGGAGCCAUCUUUGUAGACAAUUUGGCCAUUACCAGUCUCCUUGAGCAGUGAUGCUAUACUCUGAUAGGUUUUGCACUUAUAUAGUUAUAUUGGGUUGGCUAUUGGCACCAAUGCUCCCAUCACAUAAGGGUGAGCAAUUUUGGGUUUCAAAUAUAUUUCUCUUGCAUUCUGUAUCCUACAUUUUUCUAUUUUUCAUUUCCGUGCUAUCUAGACAGUGAGAAAAUUUGUAUAGUAUUCCUAGAAUGGCUACUAUUGACAGUCCAAAAGAUCAGAUUUUGCAGCUGAUGGCAGUAGCAUAUACCCUUAUGGCCUUAUUGUAUGCAAGUGGUUCUCUUCGGUUUGUUCUGUUAAACGAGUUAUCGCAAUCCCCAAUAUUCAUCUUGGGGUAGUUAAA